GCCGCCUCGAUGCGCUCUGCUCCUCCGCGCAUGAGGCUGAAGACCCGCCGGCCGAGGGGAGCUGCCAGCCGCUUCUUCCCUGCUGGAUGGACCGCGGUUCUGUUCCUCAGUCCCAUCCAGCUUUCGACUCCCUUUCACUUUUUCCUGAUGUCAGCUGAUUUUGAGCGGCGUCUAUCCUGAAGGUGAGCAGCACUACUUCUGCAGACUGCUUCAGCAUGGCCACAGGAGUCGCAGCAUGGCUCCCGUUCGCCCGGGCAGCCGCCAUUGGCUGGAUGCCCGUGGCCAGCUGCCCCAUGCCCGUGGCGCCGAGGGACAACUGUCGCAGACAAGACGAGCUCAUCGUCCUCAACGUCAGCGGCCGUCGCUUUCAAACCUGGAGGACCACUCUGGACCGUUACCCCGACACCCUGCUCGGAAGUUCCGAGAAAGACUUCUUCUACAACGAGGAAGCAAAGGAGUACUUCUUCGAUCGGGACCCAGAUGCGUUCAGGAGCAUCCUCAACUUCUACAGGACGGGGAAGCUCCACUAUCCUCGCCAUGAGUGCAUCUCGGCCUACGACGAGGAGCUGAUCUUCUUCGGCAUCAUCCCCGAGAUCAUUGGGGACUGCUGCUACGAAGAGUACAAGGACAGGAAGCGGGAGAACCUGGAACGGCUGCAGGAUGACCAGGAGGAAAACAAAGACCUCAAGCUUCCCAACAUGAACUUUAGGGAGACCAUGUGGAGGGCUUUUGAGAACCCGCACACAUCCACCAUGGCCCUGGUCUUCUACUACGUCACCGGGUUUUUCAUCGCCAUCUCCGUUAUCACCAACGUGGUGGAGACCGUGCCAUGCGGUCUUACCGCCACCCAGAAAGACAUGCCUUGUGGAGAGCGCUACACGGUGGCUUUCUUCUGCAUGGACACCGCCUGUGUCAUGAUCUUCACAGUGGAGUACCUGCUCCGCCUGUUCGCCGCGCCUAGCCGCUACCGCUUCAUGCGCUCCGUGAUGAGCAUCAUCGACGUGGUGGCCAUAUUGCCGUACUACAUCGGCUUGGUGAUGACCAACAACGAGGACGUGAGCGGCGCCUUUGUCACACUGCGAGUGUUCCGCGUGUUUCGCAUCUUUAAGUUCUCGCGGCACUCGCAGGGCCUGCGCAUCCUGGGUUACACCCUCAAGAGCUGCGCUUCAGAGCUGGGCUUCCUCCUCUUCUCGCUCACCAUGGCCAUCAUCAUCUUUGCUACGGUCAUGUUCUACGCCGAAAAGGGAUCCAGCUCCAGCAAGUUCACCAGCAUCCCAGCUUCCUUCUGGUACACUAUUGUUACCAUGACGACACUGGGAUAUGGAGACAUGGUGCCAAAGACCAUUGCCGGGAAGAUCUUCGGGUCCAUCUGCUCGCUGAGCGGCGUGCUGGUGAUCGCCCUGCCAGUGCCCGUCAUCGUGUCCAACUUCAGCCGCAUCUACCACCAGAACCAGAGGGCGGACAAACGCCGCGCCCAGAAGAAAGCCAGACUAGCCAGAAUACACUUGGCCAAAUCAGGGAGCGCCAACGCCUUCCUGCUGAGCAAACACAACGGAUUACUGAGCGACCUGCUGGAGCUGACGAGUGCAGAGGCUGACGAGCAGAAGCUGGCAAAGCCGUCGUCUCUUUACGAGAGUCAACACCACCAUCUGCUGCACUGUCUGGAAAAAACCACUUCUUUGUUCCCCCUCCAGGCGCAUGAAUUUGUAGACGAGCAGCUGUAUGAACAGACCUGUUUAGAAGCCAUGCUGCAGAGCUUUCCCGCCCGCAAGCCGUCUGUAAGCAGCCAUGAGGACGCCGCGACCUCCUGCUGCGGACGCAGGACCAGGAGGAACACGCCACUGACCAAUGCGGGGUCCAAUCAGCACAGCCCCCUGAGGGAGCUCAGUGCCAUCCACAUACAGUGUGGGGAUCGAACGUCGCACGCUCCCAGUCGUUCAAACCUCAACUUGAAGCCCACCGAUGACCUCGGUAGGAUCCACUGCAAGAGCGGCCGCAUCACCACCGCCAUCGUCAGCCUCCCCACCGCCUCUUCCUUGACGCACGACGCCGACAAGCUCAGGGGGCCGCCUGGUCGAAGGCCGCCCCAUUCCUCGGGUCAGCCUGGGGGGGGCAGCAUCCAAACGACGACCAGCUCGGCCAACAUCGUCAAAGUGUCCGCCCUGUGACGUCGCCUGGAGACACGACAGGACGUUUGUUGAAGAUAAGUCUUGGACAAAAAGUGUGGUUUGUGAUAGUUUGAGAGACACUGGGGUGCAGUUAGCAUAUCGGUCCAGCAGGCGGCGCUGUUCAGCUUCUACAAUGUCAUUUCCUGUUGACGUAAAAUGUUUGGGGAUAUUUGUUGUUGUUGUUGUUGUAUCGUGUUGGCGUACCGUGUCGUUCGUGUGUCACGUUCAAAACUUUUAAAAAAAGCAUAAUUUUGAAACACUAUUCUGCCUAGCAACAACUAGAGAGUCACUUUGUGUUCUCGGUUUGAAUAUUAAAAAAGACAUUCAUUGCACACUGCUCAUGCAUGUGUGGAAAUAGUGAAUAUACCACAAAAUGUAUAAUAAUAACAAUAGGGGCUUUGAAUCGUAAAAAAAAAAAAAAAAGGCGCAGUUAUUCAGCUAAAUUGAUGCUUUUCUAUUUUUAUACACGCGUAUUCCAAAUUCUUGGACCUAACAUGGACAUGGAAUAUGCACACUUGAAUGUAAUCAUGAGUUUUACAAAUGUAUUUUAAAACAUUAAUAAUAAUGUGAUGUUUCCAUGACAACUCAUUGUCACAUCUUCUUAACGAGGCUUUUAUUCGUCACCUAAAUACGAAUCAGCGUCUGCUCAAUUGUUAUUACUUUUAUCUAGAGCAGGGGUGUCCGUUACGUCGAUCGCGAGCUACCGGUCGAUCAUGGAGGGUGUGUCAGUCGAUCGCCAGCCAGGCAUUAAAAAAAUAGUCGUACAAAUUGCGGUCAUCAAUCUUAACUAUGACGUCACUUGAUUAACAUUCACGGCAGCCGAGAGUCUUGUGAGAUGACGCCGGCUGCUGCCAGAUCAUUAUUAAGAAAAAAUGACCGACGAACGACGAACACUUUUUAUUUCAACAGACUCUAGCGCAGUGGUUCUAGCGCAGUGGUUCUUAACCUGGGUUCGAUCGAACCCUAGGGGUUCGGUGAGUCGGGCUCAGGGGUUCGGCGGAGGUCAAGACACACCCGACUCAUCGUGUAAAUAAGAACUUCUCCCUAUCGGCGCAACAGCAGAAGUCACACUGAUUUGCAGGUGUGUAAUUUGUUGUGAUUUCAUGCACCGUGUUGGUUUUGUUCUUUAAACAAGGUGAUGUUCAUGCACGGUUCAUUUUGUGCACCAGUAAAAAAAACAUGGUAACACUUUAGUAUGGGGAACAUAUUCACCAUUAAUUAGUUGCUUAUUAACAUGCACAUUAGUAACAUAUUGGUUCUUAACUAGUCAUUAUUAAGUACUUAUUAAUGCCUUAUUCGGCAUGGCCUUAUUAUAGCCCUAACCCUGGCCUAACCCUCUAACCCAGUGGUCGGCAACCUUUUUGUAGCUGUGGACCAGUCAACGCUUGAAAAUGUGUCCCACGGACCUGGGGGGGUUAAUGGUAUUUUUUUAUUUUUUUAUUUUUUUUGUCAUAAAGAAAUACAAUCAUGUGUGCUUACGGACUGUAUCCCUGCAGACUGUAUUGAUUUAUAUUGAUAUAUAAUGUAUAUAUUGUGUUUUUUAUGUUGAUUUAAUUUAAAAAAAAAUAUAUAUAUAUAUUUCUUGUGGGGCCGCGGCCCGGUACCAAUCGGUCCACGGACUGGUAGUUGGGGACCACUGCUCUAACCCUAACCAAAUAACUCUAAAUUAAGUCUUUGUUACUUAGAAUAUGUUCCCCUAGUGCAGGGGUCGGCAACCCAAAAUGUUGAAAUAGCCAUAUUGGACCAAAAAUACAAAAACAAAUCUGUCUGGAGCCACAAAAAAAUUAAAAGCCAUAUUACAUACAGAUAGUGUGUCAUGAGAUAUAAAUUGAAUUAAGAGGACUUAAAGGAAACUAAAUGAGCUCAAAUAUACCUACAAACGAGGCAUUAUGAUGCAAUAUGUACAUAUAGCUAGCCUAAAUAGCAUGUUAGCAUGGGAUUAGCUUGCAGUCAUGCAGUGACCAAAUAUGUCUGAUUAGCACUCCACACAAGUCAAUAACAUCAACAAAACUCACCUUUGUGCAUUCAUGCACAACGUUAAAAGUUUGGUGGACAAAAUGAGACAGAAAAAGAUGUGGCAUAAAACACGUCCUAGAAAGUUAUACCGUACAUGUAAACAAACUACGGUAAGUACAAGGACCGCCAAAAUUAGUAGGACAAAACGGCGCUCGCCAAAUACUCGAAUUAGUGAAGCAUGUUUAAUAUAAACAGUGGGAUUUAUAACAAUUAGGGAGGUUUGUGUCAUGUUUGGCCUCCGACAGAAACCAUAUUAAAACAAAAAAUAAAUUAUUUCCCCUCAUCUUUUUCCAUUUUUUAUACAUCUUUGGAAAAGCUACAGGGAGCCACUAGGGCGGCGCUAAAGCAUGCGGCUCUAGAGCCGCGGGUUGCCGACCCCUGCCCUAGUGUCUAAAAAACUGUAAAUUAAGUCUUUGUUACUUAGAAUAUGUUCCCCAUACUAAAGUGUUAACAAAAGCAUAUAACUUUGUCUUGAAUUUGAAAAAAAAAAAUUAUUUUUCACUAAAGAAGGGUUCGGUGAAUGCGCAUAUGAAACUGGUGGGGUUCGGUACCUCCAACAAGGUUAAGAACCACUGCUCUAGCGCCAUACCUGCCGUCAAAAGCCUAAAGACCAACCACACAGUUCCUGUCUUUACAAUAAAAGCGCCUCUCCAUCCUGCCUCCGCUAACAAAACAAGAGUCUCAGAAACCUGCCGUGCACAAGAUUACAAGCUACGGAGUUUGCCGCCAAUGUAUUUCUUGUAAAGUGUAUACAAAGGAGUAUGGAAGCUGGACAAAUAAGAUGCCAAAAACCAACCACUUUCAUGUGGUAUUGGACAGAAAGGAGGAAUUUUUUUCUCCUCCAUUCGAAAAUGUGGACGUUAUCAUCACCACUGUCUGAUUCCAAUCAAUGCAAGUCAUCAGAAUCAGGUAAUACACCAACUUAUAUUCUUGUCUUCAUGAAAGAAAGGAAUCUAUAUGUGUUAAACAUGCUUGUAUUAUCAUUAAACACCUUUAACUCGCCCGGGAAAGGGUGGAGCGCCAUCUCCGGGUUGGGGAGGAGACCCUGCCCCCAUGUGGAGGAGUUCAAGUACCUCGGAGUCUUGUUCACGAGUGAGGGAAGAGUGGAUGGUGAGAUCGACAGGCGGAUCGGUGCGGCGUCUUCGGUAAUGCGGACGCUGUAUCGAUCCGUUGUGGUGAAGAAGGAGCUGAGCCGGAAGGCAAAGCUCUCAAUUUACCGGUCGAUCUACGUUCCCAUCCUCACUUAUGGUCAUAAGCUUUGGGUUAUGACCGAAAGGACAAGAUCACGGGUACAAGCGGCCGAAAUGAGUUUCCUCCGCCGGGUGGCGGGUCUCUCCCUUAGAGAUAGGGUGAGAAUCUCUGUCAUCGGGGAGGAGAUCAAAGUAAAGCCGCUGCUCCUCCACAUCGAGAGGAGCCAGAUGAGGUGGUUCGGGCAUCUGGUCAGGAUGCCACCCAAACGCCUCCCUAGGGAGGUGUUGGGAAGACUAUCUCUCCCGGCUGGCCUGGGAACGCCUCGGAAUCUCCCGGGAGGAUCUGGACGAAGUGGCUGGGGAUAGGAAAGUCUGGGCUUCCCUGCUUAGGCUGCUUCCCCCGCGACCAGACCUUGAAUAAGCGGAAGAAGAUGGAUGGAUAGAUGGACAUUUAACUUGUUAACAAAAACGUCUCUUUCAUAAAUAAAUACAUAUAAAUGAUAUAUAUGAAUGAGGUAGAUCCCUUCGACUUGGUCAAUUGAAAAGUAGCUCGCCUGCAGAAAAAGUGUGGGCACCCCUGAUCUAGAGUGUGUACAUGUGUGUGGGUGCGAGUGUGUGUGUGUGCGUGUGUGUGUGUGUUAUGGCGGGACUCAAGUGUCACAUGAGAAUUAAAAUCUGUGGUAACUACCAAGUCUAUUGUUUUCCUGCAUCUCUACAUUACAGAUUUUUAUUUUUAUUUCAGCAUAUUCUACAUAUUUUGGGCCUGAAUUAAAUGUAUCGAGUCUUAUUUGUGUAUCAUACAUAUUACAGUGCAGUAUUUGUCUUAUGUCCUGUUAUUUCAAUGUGGCGAUCGAUAAAGCUACUUGCUGUAGUCACCAAGCGUUAAGGAUAAGUGUGACAAUAACAUGGUGGAAGUAGAACUUUUUGUGGCACUUCUUCAACUCCUGCCUCAUCAAUUACACAUCACCACAUUGGUGAGUUUUUGACGUGAGCGUUGGCAAAAGACAACCGUGGUACCAGUGACGUGCAGUCACUAGAGGCAGGUGAGGCAGGGCCUCACCUGCCAUCAUGGAAAGAAAAAAAAUGUAAAAAGAAAAAAAUAUAUAUUAAAUUGUUAUAUGUAUCCAGUGAUUAUACUAUAAAGUUAUUUUCCAUUUAA